GCAUGACGGACAACGGGCCUACGCAGAUCCACACGCCCAUCGUACCCCGUGAUCUCCGAAACAACAUAACAAAGUAGGGAAAAGAUGGCGAGCAGAGAGGAGGCAAGACGCCCCUCUAUUACCUCCUCAUCGGUUGCCCUCGAGGCCUUGUUCCCCGCUGGAGGUUCGGAACAAGCAUGCGGUGAAGGGAAUCCUGAGCUAAUUCGUUUGAGGGAUCGUCUUCAAGACUGGCUAUUGCAGUAUGAGCACUUGCUCUUAUGGGCGCAGAGGCUUCUUGUUUGGGAGAGGCCGUUGUAUAGCAUCUUUGUUGCACUCACACUGAACACCUUGUUCUGGCUAUUAUCCUCCACAUCCCUGCGGCCUCUUUUCCUACUGAGUGUGUCUCUCUUGGGACUCAUGCUACUGGAGAGAUGGAAGCACAAGUUACCACUUGUCCGAGUCCAAAACCCAGAGCCAGAACCCAGCCCAAUAGAAAGAGAGACCAUGGCUGUCCACCCACGCCUGCUCAGCAUUCCUGAGCUUAGCCACCAUCUGGCAGAGAGCUACCUCACAUGUAGCCUGUACAUCCAGGAGAUGAUGCAGUACAAGCAUCAGAACCACGGCAAGUUCUGUGUGAUGAUGUGUUCAGGAAGCUUUGUGUUGGCUGUGGUUGGCCAUUACAUACCAGGAAUCAUGAUCUCCUACAUUAUUGUUCUGAGUGUGCUGCUGUGGCCCCUGGUGGUGUACCAUGAGCUGAUCCAGAGGAUGUACACGGGCCUGGAACCCAUCUUCAUGAAGCUGGACUACAGCAUGAAAGGCGGAACGCAGCACCGCAAACACGACAAGUGGAAGGUGAAAAAGGAGGUGGAGGAGGGCGAUGAGCCCCAGGCUGAGACAGAGAGCGAUAGUGAGGAGGAGCUGUCCUGCUUUGCCCCCACGGUGGACGUGAAGACCACAGCCUUGGCAAUGGCCAUCACGGACUCUGAGCUGUCUGACGAGGAGGCGUCCAUCUUGGAGAGCGGAGGUUUUUCUGUUUCCAGAGCCACCACUCCUCAACUCACAGAAGUCUCUGAAGACCUGGAUCAGCAGAGUGUGCACAGCGACCCUGAGGAGGCCUUCCUGAGGGACCUGCCUGAGUUCCCCUCCGUGGACGAGUUCCCCUCCAUCGAACACAGCCUUCUCCACUUCCCGCUGCGGGCCUCGGGCCAGGCUCCUGGGGACGAGGCCCAGGGAGAGCCCUCCGAGGGGGAGGCCUUGAGUCCAGCCAGCCUCCUCUUCCAGCACUUGGCCUCCCCGCUUCACUUUGUUAACACGCACUUCAACGGACACGGGCGGCCACCGGGGGGGGACCAGGCGGCGCCGGCAGAGCGUAAGGAGGCGGCAGCCGCCCAGGGCCCCCAGCGCUCUCUGGAAGCCCUGAGUGAGGAGAUAGUGAGUACGGCCAUCUCCACCGUGGUGCAGAACACUCUCUCCGCCCUGCUGCGCUCCACUGAGGCCAGCGAAGGCCCCUCCAUGGAAGAGUUCCUGCCUGCCGAAACGCUGCCCAACGCCCUGGACAGCCCGCCACCCGCCGAAGCCAGCCAGGAGACCCUGGAGGACGAGGUUGCCACGGAGACCGGCGCCAGGGAGGAAGAGAUCCAGGACGACACUCUGGUACCGACCGAGGAAGAGGACUUUGAGCUCCUGGACCAAAGUGAACUGGAACUGAUGGACGAAGGGCUGGGUCUCAGUCCUGACGGACAGGGAUUGGAGGGAGGAGCCUCGCCCACAGACACGCCCCCAUCUCCCCAACACCAACAGGAGUCCUAGCUUUCUCAUCAUUGCCCACCCCCAUGUAUGUUUUAUUUGUACAUGUAGAUAUACAUACAUAUAUACUUCUUCCAAGGGUUGGUGGUUUAAUAGCAGUUGGUUUGUGAUUGUUUUCUGUUAGGGUUAAGAUCACCGUGGAUUAUUCUGCACCUGCACAUCUAUAUCAUGUCAGUAGUGAUUGAGCCUGGGCACUGUAUGGCACCUGCAUGGGAGAGGGGGUCGUAUAGCUUCUAGACGAAGGGAACAAGCCGUCAGUGCUGGGCCAGUUACCUGCCGGUGUUUGGGUUCCGGUUCUCCACCCUCUCACCUUAGACCUCAGGGAAAGGAUGGAGAAGCCCAAAAGCAGUGCCAGUGAUGCCUGUGGUUAGAAGGUCUGCAUCACCCCACACCCUCUAGGAGAUGGUUAGCAGAUGUUGCAGGGGUUGAAGGAGAAAGACAAAAGGUUUAGUUUAUAUGAUAUCUCCUAAUAUAUGAUAAAUUAUUUAAUUUAACAGACCGCUUAAGGAAACCUGUGUUUUGGGGGGGGGGGGGGGGAAUCUGAUCACAACAUAUGCAUUGAUCGUACUAUAUUCUUGUAAAACCUUUACAACUCUUAAAGUCACUCAUCGAAACGUUUUGGCAUAUGUCAUGCUACUUUACAACUUUCUGAUUUGCUGACACUUAUAAUCAAUGGUUUUAGGAAAAAAAAAAUGUUUCAUUCUUCACCCAAAUGUUUUGACAUAUGCCUUCCUAAUUUGGACAUUUUAUUUCUGACACAUUGGUUGUAGUUUUAUCCACAUCAGGUUAUUAUUGAAUCGUAGGAUAGUUUGUUGUGACUUGGAAACCUAAAUGCCUUUGCAUUCCUGGGUGUUCAUUUAAGAAUGCAUAACAGCCCGCACAAGAGAGAUAUAU